CGGCGGCGGAGGCGGAGGAGGAGGAGGAGGGAUUGGGGUAGAAGUAGGAGUAGACAAAUUGUUUCGGUUAUUUUUUUGGUUAUCGUCCUCGUUGUCGUUGUCGUUGUCGUUGUUGUUGUCGUCGUCGUCGUCGUCGUCGUCGUCGUCGUCGUCGUCGUCGUCAUUGUCGUCAUCGUCGUCGUCGUCAAAAUCGAAAUCAAAUCUACCUGUCAGGGUUGACGUAUUCAGCCGAUGUUAAGCGACAAGAGGUUCGAAAGUGACGCACUGGCGACGGAGGGUGAGCGCCGCAGCAAUGGGGUUCCGUCAGGGCCGGUAGUGGUGUUGUCGUCGUCGUCGUCGUCGUCGUCGUAUGCGAUACCAAGCUAUGGAAUUGGAAGCGUUGCUAGUGCCGGUAACGAUCAAGGAUUCACCUUCGAGGGGGUUGGUACGAGGGCGACAAUGACAACGAUGACAACGACGACGACGGCGACGAGUUUACGCCGCGCAGCUACCGCGGCGGUAGGUGGCGGAGGUUUUUGCACAGGAAAUCAGGCCCCAUCGGCGGUCGGAGCCGUGGUGGUCAUGGGUACUGGUACUACUGGUUGCAACACCGGCGAACGCCCCGGCUCAACUUAUCCAAAGGAAGUUCGAUACGCGCCAACGAACGUUGGUUCGGUAUUAACGGCGGGCAUAUCACCGGGCGUUCUAUCGUCCUCGGCACUUUCACCGGGCGUUCUAUCGUCCUCGGCACUUUCACCGGCUAUUCCGUCGGCUAUUCCGUCGGCUAUUCCAUCGGGAAUCCCGUUGGGGGUCGGCGGGCUGAAACCAACGAUUUCGGUUCCGCCACCGGCCACGCCGCCGGCGGCUACCGUUGGUGGGGCCUUAGUUCAAACGGGACAAGUCUCGAUACUGCAACAUCAGCAACAACAGCAGCAGCAGCAACAACUACAAUUGCAACAGGGUCAGGUGGUGCAACAAAGUUCGGGAGGACCGCCAGCACCACCGCCACUGCCGCCCCUGCCGCUGCAGAUGCAGCAGCAGCGUGCCUUUUCGAGGUCGAUGACGUCUCUACCGCCGGAACCGUUCAUGAUAAUGCGUUCUAAGGCUCUCAAUCGGCGGGUCUCGAUCAACGUCGGUGGGGUCAAGCACGAAGUUCUAUGGCGUACCCUCGAGAGGUUACCGCACACUCGGCUCGGACGUCUCCGCGAUUGCAAUACCCACGAGGCGAUCACCGAACUCUGCGACGACUAUUCCCUCAUCGAUAACGAAUACUUCUUCGAUCGGCAUCCCAAAUCAUUUAGUUCGAUUCUCAAUUUUUAUCGUACCGGCAAAUUACAUCUCGUAGACGAGAUGUGCGUUUUAGCGUUUAGCGACGAUCUCGAGUAUUGGGGUGUAGACGAGCUAUACUUGGAAAGUUGUUGCCAGCAUAAAUAUCAUCAACGAAAGGAGCACGUUCACGAGGAGAUGCGCAAAGAGGCCGAGUCUCUCAGGCAGAGGGAGGAAGAGGAGUUUGGUGAGGGACAAUGCGCGCAGUAUCAAAAGUGGCUCUGGGAUCUUCUCGAGAAGCCAACCACUUCCAUCGCUGCUAGGGUGAUAGCCGUGAUUUCGAUACUCUUUAUUGUGCUUUCGACGAUCGCACUAACUCUCAACACAAUUCCUAGUAUGCAAGUGAAUGAUGAGAAGGGGAACUUUCAAGACAAUCCGCAACUAGCCAUGGUGGAAGCCGUGUGUAUAACAUGGUUCACCCUCGAAUACGUGCUUAGGUUCAGUGCUUCGCCGGACAAGUGGAAAUUCUUCAAAGGCGGUCUCAAUGUGAUCGAUUUAUUGGCUAUACUGCCAUACUACGUGUCCCUGUUCCUGGUCGAGACUAACAAGAAUGCGACCGACCAAUUCCAAGAUGUACGCAGGGUAGUGCAGAUCUUUCGUAUAAUGAGGAUCUUAAGAAUUUUGAAGUUGGCUCGCCAUUCGACCGGGCUACAGAGUCUUGGUUUUACCUUACGUAACUCGUAUAAGGAGCUGGGCCUGCUGAUGCUCUUCCUGGCAAUGGGUGUCCUCAUAUUCUCUAGUCUCGCAUACUUCGCUGAGAAGGAGGAGCCCGGGACCAAAUUCAUAAGCAUUCCAGAAACCUUUUGGUGGGCAGGCAUCACGAUGACCACCGUCGGAUACGGCGACAUCUACCCCACGACCCCGCUCGGCAAGGUGAUCGGCAGUGUGUGUUGUAUAUGUGGUGUCCUGGUAAUCGCGUUACCCAUUCCCAUUAUCGUCAACAACUUCGCUGAGUUCUACAAGAAUCAGAUGAGACGGGAGAAGGCCCUUAAGAGGCGGGAGGCUCUUGAAAGGGCUAAGAGAGAGGGCAGCAUCGUUUCUUUCCAUCACAUCAAUCUGAGGGAUGCUUUCGCCAAGAGCAUGGACCUUAUCGACGUCAUCGUUGAUACUGGUCACAACAUGUCCGGGGUAGAUGGUAACAGCACGGAAGGUGAAUCCGCUUGCGGUCGGGCCCCUGCACAAACCGGUCCCGGUUGCUAUCGUAAUUAUGAGCAUUACAGUCUCUCCCGGCAUCGUCGUAGCACGUCGUCCUGUUUCCCGAAUCUGCCGAAUGACCUACCGACGACCCCGGAUAGUCCGAAUCGUCGUUUAUUGGACUUCGCACAGAGCGUACCCGGGACACAGAACGACGAUUAUUUCCACGACGAGGUACCGGCGCAGAACGCGAAUCAAGGCAAUACGACACCCAGCGAUGAAGAGAAAAAAGAGAGCAGAAAAUUCGAGAAAAUUGAUGAAAUACCUAGCGAAUUCGAGUGUUGCUUUUGUACUACGAAGGAAUACAAAGAGUUCAGAGACGCCGAGAACAUAAUGCCAUUGGCGACGAGCGACUUUCGUAAUCCCGUUUGUCAGGAGCUACGAUCUCUCAGGUCUGCAAGCGGUAUUGAUCGUAUAGGAUCAAUUUUUGCGAUUGAAACGAAGACUUCACCGUUGCAAGCACCCGACGUGUCCUCUUCUACGUUCGGCAAAGUUUAUAACGAGCAAGGGAGUGUCGACAGUUCUGACACUUACGCUAGUUGUCAAACUCAUCCCUCGCAUUCUCAGGGCGACCUAACGGAAGAGGCGGACAGCAACCUUUACAUUAAUCCUUUAGAAGCAGCCGACAAGUGUGCUGCUGGUGGUGGUAGUGCUGGUGGUAGUGCUGUUGGUAUUGGUAGUAAUAACGUUACUACGACAGGAGUUGGGAGUGGUAGUGUUGGUAGUGUCACUAGUGUUGGGAUUGGUGUUGGAAGAGUGAAGAAAUCGGUUUCCGGAGAAGUUGGCCGUAAUGUCAAUGAUGUAUCACCCAGCGUCGAAUCUCUCAAAGAUAUUCGUCCUUUCAACGAGCCCAGUAAGGUCGCCCUGAACGACUCCAUACCUAAACAUAGAAAAAUUCGUAUUCAGCAGAGCGGCAGACCCCGUGCCCAAUUUAUCUGCGACCAGGAUAAUACAUCGACUCGAAUCACCGUGAAAGAGAUGGAAAACAAUAACAAUCAUUAUGGAGGACUACGCGGUGGACGACCAUUCGCGUUCGGACCGACAAACAGCCUUGCAUCCGCAACUCGCAUAAUCAAUCAACAUUUCUUCGGAUCGAUUAGCGGUCCUAGGCAUUACAAUACAGGCACAAACACUGAAAGCAAACUCUCAUUGUCAGCGGACUCGAUAGACAGCGAAGGUCUACCGUUCAUAGAAAAACACCGUGUAGCUAAAUCGAUCUUGAAGAAAUCAGAAAGUAGUAAUAAUUAUUACAACAACGUGGGCGACUCCGAUACGGAAAAAUUAAUAACCGAUAAUACAUCAAUGGGGAGCAUGUGUGAUAACGAGACCCAUCCGAAACAACAACAACCACAACAACAACAACCGGUUUCACCACUUUUAUCGAGACAAGUUCUCGAAUCCAUUUUCCGAACUAACAACAACGCUGAGAGAGAUUUCUCGGCUGAUCAAACUGAUGGGAAGAACUGUGUUGCUAAAAUACCAAGAUUGCUCUUUGACGAUGUCCUAGAAGAAGAGAAACAUGCGCGUGACGAGACCGUGGCGGAAAAUAAAAAUAAAGAAUCGGAAGAACACAAGCAACGUACGAAAGUACAUACCGAGGAAGCUUCGAAGGAUAGUCAAACGAUGUUGAUAUGUUCGUUAAGACCUUACAAAGUUGUAAGGAAAUCGGAUGAAAAGAGGAAACCCGUAUCGAUUAAAUCGUCAACUACAAGCAGUAGUCAUACUUACAAAAGCUCGGACACGAAUUGUCUUCCUCAGGAAUAUCGUUUCUCAUCGUCGUAGCGACAUUGGUAUAUUCAUUCAUUUUCCUACUCUUUUUCACGCGGAUUCUACCUACUCAAAUAUAUUUAUUAUUAUUUCCAUUAAAAUUUAAUCCUCUAUAAUGCCAUUUUUAUCGAAAAAACAAAAAUCAUUCGUAUUAUAAAUUUUCUUUUUUACCAUACUAAUUAUAUAUAUGUUAUACUAUACUAUUGAAUAUACUAUACUAAUAUAAAAAUAAUCGUAAGUAUAAUUAUAUUAUACUCGAAGUAUACCAUAAAUGUAAUUAAUCUAACAUUGAUUCUUUGGACUCGUGUAUCGCGUUGGAAAUUGCAAUUAAGGUAAAUUAUUUUAAUUCAUUUAAAAUAAAUAUAAGUUGUGUGUGUGUGACACGCGACACGCGAUUCUAUUGUAUACAAUAUACUGAAAAGUAUAAUUAUACCGUUAGUAGUAAUGAUUUAUUAUUUGCUUUUCUCUCAGCAUUGCAAUAUAUUAAAAAUCAACAAGAAAAAGAAAUAAAUUUAUAGAUAAUAUAAUAAUUAUAUUAAUAAAUUUACACUUGUGCUUUCAAUUCUUUUUUCUUUUUUUUUGUUUUUCAAUUUUUAUUCGUAUUUUCGGUUAAAUUUCUUUCCUAUCUUUUUAAAUUUUUCUUCUACCACACACAUACACACACACACAAUCGCAUAGAUUUUGUUUACUGUUUUUAACUAAAUUAAUUCUCAUUGAACUGUAAAUAUAUUUAUACUGCAACGUAAUGUAUUAUACUUUUUGGUAUAGUAUAUAGUAAAGUAUAAUGUAAUUGUACUUAGUAUUUUAUCAGUAUAGUAUUAGAUAAUACACUGUAUUUAGUGUAAUAAGAUAUAUUUAAUAUUAGGAAAAAAGAAUAGUAUAAUAUUAUAAUUUUUAUUUUCAAAUUCGACAAAAAAAACUAAAUUAGAAAUCAUAAAUCAUAGAGGAUUAAAUUUUCAAAUCAUUUCAACAAUAUUCUUUUCUUCUUCUUCUAUUUAUUUUUCAAUAUACGAAUAUACGAUGAUAAUUAAUUUACAAUUAAAAAAGAACAAAGAGUCGAGAGGAAUACGAAAAAAAUAAAAUCCCCCAUUUUUCCACGUUUGACGAGAUAUUUAUUCAGGAAAAAAAAAAAAGAAUCAAGAAAAACAUUUAUACUUUACGGAUCGCGACGUGAACUUUUCAUUGCAAUUAAAACCUAAAAUCGUGAAAAGAAAAAAAGAAAGAAAAAAAUAGAUUGAAUUCAAACAAACAUAUAUCUGCUGAUCGUCGCUGAUAUUCUUCGUUAAAAUAAUAUAUAAAUAUAAAUAUAAAUAUAAAUAUAAAUAUAUAUAUAUAUUUAUAAUUAUAUAAAAAAUAAAACAAAAACGAUAGGUGGGCGAAGGGGUAGGGAAGGAAUGUUAACUUUAACGAAAGCAAUCGCAAAUUAAGUAGUGAUAUAGAAUAGUAAUUUAUUUAUUUCUUCGUUAUCAAAGACCUACGUCUUGUAGAAAGGCCUAGAUACGCAUAUAUUCUAGUUCGCAACAGGUAAUCUUUUAAAAAGAAAAAAAAAGGCUGGAAUUGAAGGACACUUAAAUAACAUUCGAAGGAGAUUCUACGCUAUCUAUACGAACCAAAAAAAAUAAAUUUACUUUUUACUGCGUAAUUCUAAAUUAAAAUCAACAAUCAUAGAGGAAUGGGAGAUAUUCAUCGAUAUGAAGAAACAAAUCAAUACGCGUCAGGUGUACAUAUACGUGAACUGUUCUUUACAAAAAAAAAAAAAAAAGGAACAAAAAUUA